GGACUAGAGGUCAGGACUCCAGGCAGUGACCCCAAAAGUGCCAGCGUGGUCCCAGAGGGAAAAUGCGACACAUACUCCCUCCCAGGUAGGGAGUUCGGAGAAGCCCUUUCCUAAGCAGCUGUCCCUUCAAUCAACCGGUAGGCUCAUGUGGCGGGAAUCUAGCAUCUAGCCGAGGCGCCUCCGCCCAUAGGGCAGGCUUAGGGCCACUUGAAUCCAGCAGGCAGGUGCCGGGGGCGGUGCCCAGCCCUGCCCCGGGGGACGUUCCUGGAGGCCAGAGGCGGGUCAAAGAAGAGUGCUGGCAACGCCUUAGAACCUCGGGCGGCGGCUGCAACCACAGGUACUGCGCAGGGCACCUAUCGGGUCAUCUCAGCCCCCUCUCUUGAGAGCUGAAAUCUUCAAAGUGCGCCUAACUCCUAACAUCCAAGCCAGAGAGCGGAAUCCUGGGGUCGCCUGAAGUUUAGGGCUACUCCGAGAGCCGCAGAGCCAGGCCACUGGCACAGAGGGCUGCUGGGAGGCAGUGAGGUCCUGGAAACCUCUGGAGAGAAGAUCGUGGAGACCCUGGAACCACAGAGCCAGGUCCUGCAGGUACUAGCUGAGUAGGGCACUGAGUGCCAGGGCGGUCCGCAGUUGGGUCGCCUGGCACUCGGAUAACGGAGGUACAGGAACAGUGUGCCCUUCUCUCGGCUCAGAGGCCUCCAGGUGUGUUUUCCACCGAGGCCCACGGCAUUUAAGCCGGCGCCUGCGGAACUGGUGAUGGAGACGCCCAUCCAGCGCGAAAUCCGCCGCAGCUGCGAGCGUGAGGAGAGCCUGCGCCGGAGCCGGGGUCUCAGUCCCGGCCGCGCGGGCGAGGAGCUCAUCGAGUUGCGCCUGCGGCCGGUGCUCAGCCGGCCCGGCCCGGGUCCCCCGCUGCCGCGCUCCCUGGAACGCGCACGGGCGGGCGCGAAGAUGCAAAGGGACAUCGAACGUGAGGCUCACAGGCAGGCGGCGCUGGCGAGCCCCGCGGUUCCGGAGCCGAGCGCCGGGCGGCGGCCGCAGCCGUUGGACGAACUCAAGCGCUUCUUCGAGGCUGCUACGGAGGACGGCGCGGGCUUGCAGUGGCGGCCGGAGGCGGAAGGCCGGCUGCACUCCGCCCUUCAGGACGGCUGCCGGGUGCUGGGACAGUCUCCGUCACUCGUUGCCCCGUCGCUGCUGGAGCAGGAGGUGCGCCAGGUGCGCGAGCGGGAGCGGGAGCUGCAGCUGCAGCGGCGCAGCAUCUAUGGAGCCACCGAGGUCGGGGAGCCAGCGCCGAGCCUCACCCGUAAGCGGUCACCCCGGGCCCCAGAGCUCCUGCUGUCUUCCACCUCCAGUGGCCCUUCAUCUGUAGGCAUGCACACUUCCGGGGCCCUUAACUAUUCUUGUGUGGGUUCACCUUCCGUUCUCCACUCCCACACCUAGAGUGAGGAUCCCAGAUCCAUCACACCUUGCCUUGGAACCUUGGCUGGCUUCUGGCAUUCUCGGGUCCUCUGUGGUUUUCAGGCUCUUGUCUAUGCUGAGUUUGCCUCACCCCUGUUCCUGGGUCCCCAGAACUGGGUGGAGGACUGCAUGGGGAGGGAGGGGUGCACACCUGUAUG